AAAUUGGAAAUAGAAUAAAAGUUAGUAGUUAAAAAUGAUGUAAUUGAAAAAUCUAGCCAUUUCUUCAUCUUUUCUCAGCCAAAAACUCCAUAGCAGGUCUCCUAUGCUGGUUUUUCGUAUUUUUGCACCAUAUCAAGAACCCGAAGUAAAUCGUGGAAAAGAGAAAAUAGCAGAUUAGUCCCUGAACUUGUACGACUUUUGCGAAUUUGCCCAGGUGGAACGACGGAUUUGAGUACUUUCGUUCAGUGACUAAGACGAAUUGACGGUAAAGACCAUGAUUGGACCAUUGCAACAUAUGAUAUGUGAUUUCCGUAUAAGACCAUAGCUGGGCUAUGGCAUCAGUGUGAUAUGUGCUUCCGUAUAAGACCAUAACUGGACUAUGGCAUCAGUGUGAUGUGAUUAUGUGCUUCCGUAUAAUACCAUAUCUGGGAUAUAGCAUCAAUGUGAUAUGUGCUUCUAUGUAAGACCAUAUUUGGGAUAUGGCAUCAGUGUGAUAUGUGAUCCGUGUAAGACCAUGGCUGGGCUAUGGCUUCGGUGUAUGAUAUAUGAUUAUGUGCAAGACAAUAGUUAUACUAUGGCAUUGUGAAAACGAAGUACUCAAUUCCGUAACUGUUCCUAAAAUUGAUUAAGAAAAAUAAGCGAUAAAUGGACCCAAGAGAUUGAAAUUGAUUAUUUAUUGAUAUUGAGCUCAAUGAAGUGAAAUUUGUCAUUGAUUUUGUGAUUGACAGGAAGAAUUGGUGAAAUUAUAUAUUGUAUAAUUAUUAUACGAUUUUUGAUUGACGUGAAAUCGGUGGAUCGGAUCAACACAUCAAGGCACACUAUCUAGAUUACUUUGAGGAAAAAGAUGGAUGACAGAAUGAACAAGAGUGACAAAGAAGCCAUGGAGAAGGAGGAGAAAGCUACCGUCGCAACAAAUGAUGAGCCUGAAAUCAACUACAGGGGAUGGAAAGCCAUGCCAUUUAUUAUAGGGAAUGAAACCUUUGAGAAACUGGGAGCCAUUGGUACCUUAGCCAACUUGUUGAUCUACCUCACUACCGUCUUCAACUUAAAGAGUAUUACAGCUGCAACUAUGAUUAAUGUCUUCAAUGGUACUACAAAUUUCGGAACCCUGGUCGGAGCUUUCCUCUGCGAUACUUACUUUGGCCGCUACAAAACCUUGGGAUUUGCUACAGCUGCCUCUUUCUUGGGAUUGCUAGCAAUACAACUAACAGCAGCCAUCCCAGAGUUGCAUCCUCACCGGUGUGCAGCAAAAGAGAGUGGGGAAUGCGAAGGGCCAACAACAGGGCAACUGGCAUUUCUACUAAUGGGUUUGGGGUUAAUGAUUGUGGGAGCUGGGGGCGUUCGGCCAUGUAACUUGGCAUUUGGGGUGGACCAAUUCAAUCCAAAAACAGAAGCUGGAAAGAGAGGAAUCGACAGCUUCUUCAAUUGGUAUUUCUUUACCUUCACUUUUGCGCAGAUGGUAUCCUUAACCCUCAUCGUCUACAUUCAAUCAAACGUGAGUUGGGCUAUUGGCCUUGGGAUUCCUGCAACUCUCAUGUUUAUAGCUUGUGUGGUGUAUUUUGUUGGUUCCAAAAUAUAUGUCAAAGUUAAAGCUACUGGUAGUCCAAUGACCAGUGUAGCACAAGUAAUAGUGGUAGCUAUCAAGAAAAGGAAAUUAAAACCUGUGGAGCAGCCUUGGCUCUCCCUUUUCAAGUAUUUUCCUCCCAAGUCUAUCAACUCCAAACUUCCCUAUACCGACCAAUUCAGAUUCUUGGACAAAGCAGCUAUUGUGACACCCCAAGAUGAAAUAAAGGGUGAUGGAUCACCAGCGGAUCCAUGGAGACUGUGCAGCUUGCAGCAAGUAGAAGAAGUGAAAUGCCUGUUUAGAGUGCUUCCUAUAUGGGCAUCACAAAUCAUGUAUUGUGUUACCCUUGUUCAACUGCAUACCUAUGCCGUGUUCCAAGCCGUUCAAUCUGAUAGACGCCUCGGAAAUAGCAACUUUAAGAUCCCAGCUGCAUCCUAUGUUGUCUUCAUGAUGCUUAGCCUGACCAUUUUCAUACCCGUAUACGAUCGAGCUAUCGUCCCAUUCCUUCGAAAAAUCAGAGCGAAAGAAGGGGGCAUUACAAUCCUACAGAGGAUCGGUAUUGGGAUGUUUGUCUCCAUAUUCACCAUGCUUGUGUCUGGGAUGGUAGAACAGCACCGAAGAAGCAUAGCUCUGACGAAACCGACCCUAGGAGUUGUGCCAAGGAAAGGUGCCAUUUCGUCAAUGUCAGCCUCGAUUUUAAUCCCUCAAUUCAUACUUGGUGGACUGACGGAAGCGUUUGCAUCCAUUGGCCUCAUUGAAUUCUACUACAAGCAGUUCCCUGAAAACAUGAAAAGCAUCGGAGGGUCUCUAUUCUACUGUGGGUUGGCAGGUUCAAAUUAUUUCAGUAGCUUGUUGAUCUUUAUAAUUCAUCGAACAACAAACCGCACAACCACCGGAAACUGGUUAAAGGAGGAUCUGAAUAAGGGAAGAUUGGAUUACUAUUAUUACAUAAUUGCUGGCCUAGGAAUCUUAAACUUGGGCUACUUUUUGUUAUGCGCAAGUUGGUAUAAGUACAAAGGAAACAGCGACAACACCCCUGAGCUUGAACUUCACGUUAAUGGCGAGAAACAACAGUUAGAUAAACCUUAGUCUUAUGUUGAAUUGUAUUCAUAUAUAGAUGAUGUAUAGGUAGCUAGCUUAGAUGAAAACCCUUUAUUUCUUUAGCUUUAGAUUAUAAGAUCCAACAAGAAUAUGCAGUUGUAGGACUGAAGAGAAGCAGGAUAAUUUCAAGAGAUUUUGAUGUUGCAUCUAAUUCAUAUUCUAUUGACAUGUUCCUACGAAACAAGAAAAAUAAAAAGGAUAAUGAGAAGCCAAAAUUCUUUAUCCUCA